CUUAUUCCUUUUUUAUUUUUAUAAUUAUUUUUCAAAUCCUUAGGCGUCUUCUGUUUCCUCUAGAUUGAGUGGAAGCGUUAGCAUAAGCAAACAUAACACAGGGACAGGUUUGCUGAUUGGCAUCAAUCACCCAACUUUUCUCGAGAAGGUUAGGGAGUUCUCGGUUAGAAAUGGCUGAAAGCAAAGUGGGUUUUGUGGGUUUGGACGAGGUUUCCUUAAAAUUGGGAGCUUCUCUUCUUCGGUCUGGCUAUGCAGCGCAAGCAUUUGAGGCGUCUAGUCAGUUAAUGGACGACUUUGCAAAGCUAGGUGGUAAAAAGUGUUAUAGUGUAAAGGAGGCAGGGCAAGAUGUCAAAGCUUUGAUCGUUCUUGUAUCUCAUGCUGAUCAAAUAAAUGAUCUUUUUUAUGGUGAUGCGGGCAUUCUGAAAGAAUUGAGGAAAGACACAGUCAUCAUUAUCCAUUCGACCAUACUCCCUGCACAUAUUCAAAAACUGGAGAAAAGUCUAAAAGAGGAUUACCAGAUGGAAACUGUUGUUGAUAUGUAUGUGUUGAAAAUAACAACAGAAAUUUACGAUGAACAAUUCAUGAUUAUUUCUUCUGGGCGGUUGGAAUCUACUUCUCAGGAACAACCCUUUCUUUCCGCAAUGUGCGAAAAGCUUUUCUUAUUUGAGGGUGAUAUCGGUUCAGCUAGUAAAGCUAAAAUGGUGAUUGAGCUUCUUGAAGGAAUUCAUUUUGUAGCUUCACUAGAAGCUUUAUCACUAGGUUCUCAUGCUGGGAUCCAUCCAUGGAUAAUAUAUGAUAUCAUCUCUAAUGCAGCUGGAAAUUCAUGGGUUUUCAAAAAUUAUGUUCCCAAUUUGUUGAGGGAUAACCAGUCCAUUCAUCUACUUGGUGCUCUUCAUCAGAACUUGGGAGCAGUAUUGGAUACAGCAAAAUCACAAAUAUUUCCACUUCCACUUUUAACUGUUGCGCACCAACAAAUCCUUGCAGGAUCUUCACAUUUAUUGAUGAAUAAUGACAACACAACAUUGCUAAAGGUCUUGGAAAAGUUAUAUGGAGUGAACAUCACAGAUGCAGCAAAUGCAAAAGCAUACAAUCCAGAGGAACUGGCUAGUCAAUUAUCUGCCAAAUCCAAAACUGUAAAGCGAAUUGGAUUUAUUGGGUUAGGAGCAAUGGGAUUUGGCAUGGCAACACACUUGUUAAAAUCCAAUUUCACGGUGUUUGGUUAUGAUGUGUAUAAACCUACGCUGUCUCGAUUUGAAAUUCAAGGUGGUAUUGCAGCAAGCAGCCCAGCAGUGGCGUCCAAAGAUGUUGAUGUUCUGGUUAUAAUGGUUACAAAUGAAUACCAAGCUGAAAGCGUUUUGUAUGGGGAUAAUGGUGCAGUGUCUGCCCUCCCAUCUGGAGCUACUAUUGUUCUUUCUUCCACUGUUUCUCCAGCAUUUGUCAGCCAGCUAGAACAAAGAUUGCAAAAUGAGUCAAAACAUUUGAAGUUGGUGGAUGCUCCUGUCUCAGGUGGGGUGCAAAGAGCUGCCAAUGGAACCCUGACUGUAAUGGCAUCAGGUUCAGAUGAAGCUCUUGAGCAUGCUGGUUCAGUACUCACAGCAAUGAGUGAGAAGCUUUAUAUCAUAAAUGGUGGUUGUGGAGCUGGAAGCGGUGUGAAAAUGGUCAACCAACUCCUUGCGGGGGUGCAUAUAGCAUCAGCAGCAGAAGCUAUGGCAUUUGGAGCUAGACUGGGUCUUAAUACCAAAGUAUUGUUUGAUGUAAUAAAAAACAGCACAGGAACAUCAUGGAUGUUUGAGAAUCGUGGUCCACAUAUGGUGGAGAAUGAUUAUACGCCAUUAUCUGCACUUGAUAUCUUUGUCAAAGAUUUGGGCAUUGUUUCUCGUGAAUGCUCAUCACGCAAGGUGCCACUUCAUGUGUCUAAUGCUGCACAUCAAUUGUUCGUGUCAGGUUCUGCUGCUGGUUGGGGCCGGAUAGAUGAUUCUGCUGUAGUAAAGGUUUAUGAGACACUAACAGGAGUCAAAGUUGAAGGAAAGCUCCAUGCCUUGAGUAAAGAAUCUGUCCUUCAAUCGCUUCCACCUGAGUGGCCAACAGAUCCUAUUGAGGAUAUCAUUAACCUCACUCAGAAAAACUUGAAAACAUUGGUUGUUUUGGAUGAUGAUCCAACUGGAACUCAAACAGUUCAUGACAUUGAUGUAUUGACAGAAUGGAGCAUUCCGUCACUUGUUGAACAGUUCAGCAAAAGACCUAAAUGCUUUUUCAUUUUGACAAAUUCACGGUCCGUAAGUUCUGAGAAGGCCACUGACCUAAUAACAGAGAUCUGCAGUAAUCUGUCUAAUGCAGCAAAGACAGUUGACAACUCUCAGUACACUGUAGUUCUGAGGGGGGAUUCAACAUUGAGAGGUCAUUUCCCUGAGGAAGCAGAUGCUGCUAUUUCUGUAAUUGGUGAGGUUGAUUUGUGGAUACUUUGCCCUUUCUUUCUACAAGGAGGACGGUACACUGUUGGGGAUAUCCACUAUGUGGCAGACUCUGAAAGGCUUAUCCCUGCAGGUGAAACCGAAUUUGCUAAAGAUGCGUCGUUUGGUUAUAAAUCUUCUAAUCUAAAAGAGUGGGUGGAGGAGAAGACUCGAGGUCGUGUCAAAGCAUGCGAUGUUGCAUCCAUUUCCAUCGAACUACUCAGGAGGGGUGGACCUGAGGCUGUUUGUCAACGCCUAUGCAGUUUGAAAAAGGGAUCUACAUGUAUAGUGAAUGCUGCUAGUGAUAGGGACAUGUCUGUGUUUGCAGCAGGAAUGAUUCAGGCAGAACUGCUGGGAAAGAGUUUCUUAUGCCGUACUGCGGCUAGUUUUGUUUCUGCUCGUGUUGGAAUUAUUCCAAAACCUCCACUGUUGCCUGGUGAUCUUGGGAUAUCCAAGGAAAGGACUGGUGGGCUUAUAGUUGUGGGCUCCUAUGUUCCGAAAACAACAAAGCAGAUUGAAGAACUACUGCUGCAAAGGGGUCAUGCCUUGAAAAGGAUUGAGGUUUCUGUUGAUAAAGUUGCAAUGAAAUCAGUCGACGAAAGAGAGGACGAGAUCAAUUAUACAGCUGAUAUUGCUGAUGUGUACCUAAGAAGUGGCAAAGACACUCUUGUAAUGACCAGUCGACAACUUGUUGUAGGAAAAACUGGUUCUGAAAGCUUGGAGAUCAAUGGUAAAGUAAGCUCUGCACUUGUGGAGAUAGUACGCAGGAUAACUACGAGACCACGGUACAUCCUUGCAAAGGGUGGAAUUACAUCCUCGGACAUUGCAACAAAAGCUCUAGAAGCACAACGAGCCAAAAUUGUGGGGCAGGCUCUUGCUGGGGUGCCAUUAUGGCAACUAGGUCCUGAAAGCAGGCAUCCAGACGUACCCUACAUAGUUUUUCCAGGAAAUGUUGGUGACAGCAAAGCUGUCGCCGAAGUGGUAAAGCGCUGGGCACAUCCAGGCAGGCUUUCAACGAAGGAACUUCUUCUUAAUGCAGAAAAGGGUGGAUAUGCUGUUGGAGCAUUUAAUGUUUAUAAUUUAGAAGGAGUUGAGGCAGUGGUUUCUGCAGCAGAGGAGCAACGAAGCCCUGCUAUUUUGCAGAUCCAUCCUGGUGCUUUCAAGCAAGGAGGAAUACCAUUGGUAGCCUGUUGUGUCUCUGCUGCAAAACAAGCGAGGGUCCCUAUUGCCGUGCACUUUGACCAUGGAAACUCAAAGCAAGAACUUCUGGAAAUUCUGGAGCUGGGCUUUGAUUCAGUCAUGGCUGACGGUUCCCACUUGCCCUUCAAGGAAAAUAUUGCCUACACAAAGUAUAUUUCCAUCUUGGCACACAAAAACAAUAUAAUGGUAGAGGCAGAGUUGGGAAGAUUGGCUGGAACAGAAGACGACUUAACUGUAGCUGAUUAUGAAGCACGACUAACUGAUGUUAACCAGGCGAUUGAAUUCAUAGAUUCUACGGGGAUAGAUGCUUUGGCUGUUUGUGUUGGAAACGUUCAUGGAAAAUACCCUGCAAGUGGCCCAAAUAUCAGACUUGAUUUGCUUAAGGAUCUUUACGAUUUGACGUCACAAAAAGAUGUCCACCUUGUUCUUCACGGCGCUUCUGGCUUACCAAGAGAGACUAUUGAGGAAUGCGUUAAGAGGGGCGUUCGGAAAUUCAAUGUGAAUACAGAGGUUCGCAAGGCUUACUUGGAUUCAUUGACGGCGACGGUUCAGAAAGAUCUCGUCCAUGUCAUGUCAUCUUCCAAGGAUGCCAUGAAAACUGUAGCUGCUGAGAAGAUGCUUCUCUUUGGCUCUGCUGGUAAAGCUUAAUGACACAAUAAAUAAUGUUGCUGCUAUAUAUAUAUAUAUAUAUAUAUAAUAGCAUUGUUUUUUAAUAUCACUUGUUAUAGGUCGUCAAAUUGAAUCAGAUCCAAAUAUUCCUAUUCAAAAAAAGGUCGAAACGUGCUCUGACGAUUUUUUUAGGAACAAAAUUUAGUAGAAUAAAUCUAAACUUUUACAUGGAUGUGAAAAAUGUCUAUGGAAGUGACGAUCCUUUCUAUGGAUUUACUACUACAAUUUAAAUUUUAAUUUUAA